UGCUUGGUACUCAAAAGAAACUGUUGUUAUUAGCGGUCGUUGUAUGUUGUGCGGUUUGUGAGGCGUUGCGCAGACGGCCAGAUUCGCGGUGUCAGCGCCAAUUGAGCUGCACGUGGUGAGAUAGGUUUUACAUGUGCAGAUUCGGCUUUAAGUGUGGAUUAAAUACAUUCGUUCCUCUAUGACAAUAGACCGAACUGGUUCAUCUAGAGACGUAGAAUACUCUAGGUGGCCUGUGCUGCGGUUCAGUGCGAAGUGCGGUUUGAGAUUUUCCAAUAGAUUAAAGUCGUUACACAUUAAUAAGCCAAGAUGGGAAAAAAACAGCAUCAAAAAGACAAAAUGUAUCUCACGACAACAGAGUGGUCAACCCUUUACGGUGGUAAAAAGGCUGACGUUCCGGGUGGUAGACAGACUAAUCCAGUCAGCUUCUUGGACCAGUUUUCUCUAUUGGCCGAAUUCGACUCCAGAGUACGACUUGAAGCAGUCGCUUGCAUAGUAGAGCUGGUAUUCGAACACUCCAGUGGCGGGGACGGUACCCGAGAAGAUCGCCACGUUGAGGCCGAGAAAUUGAAGGUCAAUGUUGGAGAUAGGCGACAGUACACCUUAAAACGCCUUCUCCGUGGAUUGGCGUCAUCGAAUAAGUGCGCUCGAAUCGGCUAUUCCGCUGCGCUUACCGAACUCCUUCGAAGAGUUCAUUACACUCCGGAAGAAAUUAUCGAAUCUAUGAAUAAGUGGCUUUGUCUUCAGACAAAAGAGGACAAAGCGCAGAUAUUUAUUGGUCGUCUUCUCGCUUGGGGUGCGUUGAUCCGUGCGCGCCGUGUAGCUCCGUUAUUGGCAGAGUGCACGGAUGAUAUGCUUUCGAUGGGGGAGAAAGAAUUUCUCGAAUCUAUUGUGUGUCAUCUGUUUGCGGAACUCGUACUCUCUAUAGACAAGGAUAAGUUUGAACAAGUGGCGUGGCCAGUGAUACAACGGCGCUUGACAGGGAACUCAGAAGAUUUAAAGCCGUUAGAUGUCUAUCUGAUGAUACUAGUUCGGCAGCAUUGCCCUGCUCUUGCUGGGGAAGUGACUUCAAAGAAGCUGCUUCAACAGGAUACAAUGUGCUCAGUGUUGCAGAAAAGCACUUCACAACUACCACAAAUACACCCCGUGGUUCCCAUUAUGGUGGAAGAGGCGUCUAACAAUGACCAAUUGGAUGAAUUUUGGUCGACUGUGGUAGGCCAGCUUUCAACUGCGCCAACGGCUGAGAAGCAUUUUCUGCUUCUACAUAUGCUGAAGAGUGCCUUCGUCCAAUUUGAUUCGCUGGACUUUCUCAUGAAAGAAACCUAUGUUGAUCAGCUAGUGUAUCCUCUUGUUAAAACUGGAAGUCCUUUGUAUGCUCAAGCUAGAUCGUUCGUAACCACACUUGAGGGACUUGCUGACAAAAAGGCUAAGGAUAUACUUCGUUUUGUACUUAGCCACUCGAAAGGGUACCGUUUCGAUCACAUGACAAAGAGCUCUCUGGUAGCAAAGACUCUUCAAAAAGCGCAGCCUGAUGUCGUUCGAUGGUAUUCGAAAAAAUUGCAGAAACGCCUUGCUGGUUUGCAAGGAAUCAAUGGCGAACACCAGCCAGACGAAGGUCAUUUAAAAUUCGACAUAAUUAUCAUGGAACAGCUGGCUAAUCUCACGCAUAUGGCUAACAUGCUUAAUCAACCGGAUUUCAAGCGCCAUAUAUGCGAGUACAUUUCUGUGACCUAUUUCUCCGGCGAUGCUCGAAUCAGCAAAAAGCCAAAUAUUCAAGCACUCCUCAAAGCAUUGGCACCUUCAGGCAAGACAAACUCGCUUGCUGAGGCGGCCGACAAUAUUGCUGCUGUCCUCCAUAUCUACCUCAAUAUGGACAACCGACACGCGUCCUUUCGACAUGAAAAAAAACUUCGUUCAGCGAACAAACUCAUGUUGAAACUAAACAAGUGCAACAAAGAAGCAGAUACUUGCGUUGCAUUUCGAAUUCUCGUGGGUUACCUUUCAUUGUCUUACGCGCUCGAUAUUCAACAGGAUGUCACUGUUCUUGAUGACCUGAUGUCUUCGGCUAAGGCGUUCUUAAAUGGUCCACAAGAAGCUGACGAGGUAGAAUGGAUUGACCUGGUUAUGGAGGCUCUCGUAGCUGCGCUUUCUGUCGAAAAUAAUCAUUUCCGAUCGAUGAUUAUGGCCGCGUUGGCUCUUUUGCAUAAGGACAUCACCACUGAUUCACUGGCUAUCUUACUGGGCGUAUUUAAAGGCAAUGAAGAACUUGAAGAUCUAACGAAGCUAGAGGAGCUAACGAGCGGUGAGGAAGACUUGGAUGAUUACGACGACGACGACGACUCUGAAGAAAAAGAAGACUACGAAGCUGAAACAAAUCGCAAUGCGGCUGAGGAAAAAGAAAACGAAAGUGGAUCUGAAAUUGAUUUCGGGGAUGUAAUCCUUCGAAACCAGCUGUCGACAGUAUUAGGCGUUGCUGGCAGCGACGACAGCGAAUCUGAAGUGGAAGCUACAGACGAGGAAAUGAUGAAACUUGAUAAAGCCAUAUCAGCAGCUUUCGGGGCGCGUUUUAGAUCCCUUUCAUCUGCAAACAAAAAAGAGAGUAAGAAGAAAGAGUUGCAAGCGUUGCAUUUUGAGAUGAAAUGUCUUCACAUCCUCGAUUCUUAUGUUAAGAGCAAUAAUGUAUCUCUGUCGCAUAUCAUUCUUAUCUGCAGAACUCUUCUAGUCUUCGCUACCUCAAAGCGCGCUAAAAACGUCCAUCGGCCAAUCGUCUCGCACAUCGCAGAGACACUUCGAGAUGUUAGCUCUUUGAAAAUGGGCACACUUUGUACGGACGAGGCAAGCGUAGACGAAAUAAAGGAGUUCGGUACGCUGAUUGCUGAAAAAAUUCGUACUGUUUACGAACCUGAAUUGAGAGUUGCACUAAACAGUUUGUUGCCGUUUGUUGUUAAAUGUGUUAAAAUACGGAAUGAUGACGAAGAGUGGUACUUCGGUAUUUACCGUGACUUAAUUCAAACCUAUAUUGAGCAACAAAUGACGCCUGUUGCACCUCCAGUAUUUGUCCGGUUUGUUGAGGUUUUUAACGAGCACUGCCUAGUCAUGGUCGACGUCAUUGAAACCGUACUAGUGGAUUGCUGCGUACAGAAGCGCGAUAAACGUGUUCAGCUAAUGGGCCUUCUAGUGGCGGCGUUAAAACUCUGUAAUCCAGCAAACAUUGAAAAAAAACGUCUGAAGAAAUCGAUGAAGAAGCUGGCAGCUGCGAUUAGUGGACUAUUAGAACGCAGAGAAGAACUGGCAUUUACAACUAAUUUGUACGUCGAGUUCCUCGACCUUAUGCGACUCAUUAGCAAAAAAUGCCAAGAGGCAGAACUUGAAGAUCCCAUGCCUUCCCAUAGUUCCCUUCUUAGGGCUAUGUUCAAGGAUCUGUCUAAUAAAAACAUGCCUUCAAAGGUAAAGCGACGAUUGAAUGGAGUAUACCGGCAAUUCUUUCCUGGGGAGCAUUUUCAAUUGAACAAGAAACAAGGCAAAAAGACUAAGAAAGAGGCAGACAAGGCAGGCAAUGACAAUGAUCAAUGCAUCUCCGCAACAAAGAAGCGCAAAAUCAAUGGCCAUAGUUAUACGAACAACGGUCGUGAUGACGUAAAUGGUGAAGAACCAGGAGAAGAAGAGGAAGGUGGGCUAGAUAUGGAGCAGGAAGAAGAGGAGGAAGUUGAGCAAACUGAAGAAAUGGAAGAGUGAUUCAAGAAUCGCCAUCUGAAAAAUGCACCAGCGGUUCAGGCGAAUUUCGUCGGCUUCCAUUCGACCACUGCGCUCUUUCAUUACAACCGUUUGAAAAUCCGAUGUGUACAAGCG